UCUGGGAGCCGACCUGGAGCCCAGCUGGGUCAGGGGCUGCCGGGCCCAGGCUGUGGCAGGGCCCUGGUGCCCGUCACUCAGCAGGGACAGCAGCCUCCUCGGGAGCUCAGAAUGGGAAGCAGGAUCCAGUCACGGCAAGGCAGGCAGAAGCGGCUGGAGCUGGGUGUCGAGGAUGGAGUGAAGGACACUAAGCAGAAACCAUCAGGAGGCGACGCUGGGGGGCUGUUUUCAUCCCGAUCUGCUUCCCCCACUGCCCCGAUGCUCCUGUCUCUGUGCCUCUUGCUGCCCGCGCUGAGCCCCAGCAGCCAGGAGAUCUGCUCAGCUCCCGGUGCUCUCCCUGCCCCCACCCUCCACUUCAGCCAGAUGUCAGCCCGGCCAGGGGACUCCGUGCGGCUCCAGUGCUCUGUGAUCAUACAGGCCCCAUCAGCCCGCAUCGUCUUCUGUGAGGAUGGGAAGGAGGUUUCAUCCCAGAGGGGUUUGUUGGGGAAACUCACCUACGACUCUCACCCUGUGGUGUCCGGGAGCAGCUCACCAGCUUACUCCUGCGGGUACGAGAUCAAGGACAGUGACAACCGGGUGAACAGAUCCCAGCUCAGCCCUGCCCAGCGCCUCAGAGUCACCGGUGCUAUCCCUGCCCCCACCCUCUUCCUGAACCAGACGUCGGCCCGGCCAGGGGACUCUGUGUGGCUCCAGUGCUCCCUGUUCUCCUGGGCCGGGGCCACUCGUAUCGUCUUCUACAAGGACGGGGAGGAGGUUUCAUCCCAGAGGAGCUUAUUGGGGAAACUCACCUACGACUAUGACCACGCGGUGUCUGGGAAUAGCUCUGGGAAUUUUGCCUGCGGGUACGAGAUCAAGGACAGCGACAGCAGGGUGACCAGAUCCCAGCUCAGCCCUGCCCAGCACCUCAGUGUCACUGGUAAAGCGCAUGUGUGUGUCUGUCUCUCAGCUCAGCUCUGCUCAGCCACUGUGCAUCAUGGGAAAGGAGGUGAACAGACAACAAUUCAAUAACAACCCUCUGAAAAUUCAAACACUGAAAUUCAUCACUUUUCAAAAAGUAAAAUGAAAAAUUUCUAGCAUAACAUCAGGUCAUCAAUCCACCCAU